AUGUUAGACUCUUUUGAGAUCCUCACGACCUCUGGCGUUGUGCUAUGGUCCAAGUCGUACACCCCCAUUAGCCCUUCUAUCAUUGAUAGCCUCAUCACGAACGUUUUCAUUGAAGAGCGAACGCUACCUGGAGCUGGGAUAGCUGACGAUAUUUCAGCUGCUAACAACCCACCAUACAAGCAUGAUCAGCAUACACUGAAGUGGACUACAGUUAAGGAAUUGGGCCUUAUAUUUGUCGCUGUCUAUCGAUCACUCUUGCACCUAUCCUGGAUUGACAAACUUGUUGAUAAUAUCAAGACCAUAUUUGUCGAUCUUUAUGGAGACCAGUUGAAAAAGCCCCAUACUACUAUUGUCGAGUGCCAUUUCGACGAAUACUUCGACCGACAGAUACAGCAGCUAGAGAAGACAGCGCUGAACCAAGACACAAGAGUCGCGGAGUCUUCUGCACUACUCGAAGAAGCGCCGCCGUCGCUUGUUGAAGAUUCGGGAGAUGAACCACCUCCAUUGCCAGGAAUACUUUCUAGAGGGCAAUCCAAGAACUACAGAGAUCCGACCUCGAACGAGUCCACCCUGAUUGCUACACCAGAUAACUCACGUCCGACAACCCCCGCUGGCCAUCUCCUUACUGGGAAAGGAGGGCCUGGAGGCAAAGGCUCAAGAAGAGCUCGCAAAGCUGCGAAUUCCCCUUUAGCACAUGCAUCUUCCGGUGAUGAAUCAAACUCAAAGAGGACCAGGGCAGGCAAAGCAGCAGCACCAAAGAAAGGAAGGAAGUGGGAUGCGGAUGGCCUGGCCGAUGAAGAUAGCGAUACGCCAUUAGAUUAUUCUGCGCCAGCCAAUGGCGCUACAUCCGGAGACGAUGAGGCAAAGGAGCGCCCAGGAACUGUGGAAAAGGUGGACCAGGCGUCAUGGGGGUCAAGAACUGGCAAAGGGCAAUUUGUGUUGAAAGAUCUUGAUGAUCAAGUCAACUCGAUAUUAGCUACCGCAGAUGCCAAGAAAGCAGAUUCAACUGCUGCUUCAAGCGGAAUUGUGGGGUCUGGUAUAAAUGCCAUCGGAGGAUUUUUCAGAAAUGUGGUCGGAGGCAAGACAUUAACAAAAGAGGAUUUGGAUAAAGCUAUGAAAGGAAUGGAGGACCAUCUACUAAGAAAAAACGUUGCUCGUGAAGCCGCAGUUCGAUUAUGCGAGGGCGUGGAGAGGGAGUUAAUUGGGACAAAAACUGGCAAUUUUGAGAGCGUACAGAAAAGGAUCCAAAUAGCGAUGGAAUCCUCACUUAGAAAGAUUCUUACUCCAACCUCAUCACUCGACCUUCUUCGUGAAAUCGACGCUGUCACAUCACCUUCCGCAACCUCUUUACAAAAGAAGCGCCCAUAUGUCAUCUCGGUCGUUGGCGUGAACGGUGUGGGCAAAUCUACGAAUCUAUCCAAAAUAUGCUUCUUCCUUUUGCAGAACAAGUACAAAGUUCUCAUUGUGGCUUGCGACACGUUCAGAUCUGGCGCAGUAGAACAACUGGCUGUUCACGUCCGCAAUUUGAAAGAGCUUACCUCCCGGGAAGGAGGUGAGGUGGAGUUGUAUCAAAAGGGAUACGGCAAGGAUGCGGCCAAUGUAGCAAAAGAUGCGGUCAAUUUUGCGGCCCAGGAAGGAUAUGAUGUCGUGUUAAUCGAUACUGCCGGCCGCCGUCAUAAUGACCAGCGGCUUAUGUCGUCCCUGGAAAAAUUCGCCAAGUUCGCCCAACCAGACAAGAUACUCAUGGUCGGAGAAGCGCUGGUUGGAACAGACUCAGUGGCACAAGCGCGGAACUUCAAUACAGCUUUCGGCAGUGGCCGAUCACUCGAUGGCUUCAUAAUCUCCAAGUGUGAUACAGUUGGAGAUAUGGUUGGCACCCUGGUUAGCAUGGUUCAUGCUACGAAUGUUCCGGUGCUCUUCGUUGGUGUUGGACAGCAUUACAGCGAUUUGAGGAACCUCUCCGUGAAAUGGGCCGUGGAAAAGUUAUUAAGUAGUAAUUAA